CGGUGAUUGGUGGCACGCUCCCGGAUAUGCAAAUGAGCAGCUCCCGCGGCACGGGGCACGCCCGAGGCGGCUCCAUUCAUCUUUUUUUUUUUUUUUCUCUUUCCCUUUUGUGCGCGUGCGCUAUAAAAGCGGGCUGAGGUCGGUCGUGUGCCACACUCGCACGAGCUGCCGCGACGCCGCCCGCGCCCGCGCCCGCACCCGCACCCGCACCCGGGCCACGCCAACACACAUAUGGACGCGCCCCACGACUUUUGCGCCCUGAGCGACGACGACGACGAGUCCCGGGCCAGCACGCGCUCCGCAUCCCCGCCGCCGCCGCAGCAGAAGAAGAAGAAGAACCGACGCAGGCGGGCGCGCGUACGCAGCGAGGCCACCGUGCGCGUGGUCCGAAAGAGCCGGCGUCUGAAGGCCAACGACCGCGAGCGGAACCGGAUGCACAACCUCAACGGCGCCCUGGACCAGCUGCGCCGCGUGCUUCCGGCGCUUCCGGACGAGAGCAAGCUGACCAAGAUCGAGACUCUGCGCCUGGCCCACAACUACAUCUGGGCCCUGGCCGAGACCCUGCGCAUGGCGGACCGGCUCGGACCGGUGCAGUCCGGCUGGUUCUCCUGCUGCAUGGACUCCUCGUCGUCCUCGUCGCCGGCCUCCAGUCCGGGCAGCCCGCUGCUGGCGCACGCGCACGAGGCCGCGCUCUUCGGGCUCUUCUGAGCGCCGGCGUGCACGCGCUGGAACCCUGCAAAAGUUCAAAGUUCACCUCGCCGCUGAGUUGGCUUGGCGCGCGCCAGACUUUGCUAAAGAUGACUUUGCUUUAUUUAUUUUUCCAAUGUUUUUGUACAUACAAAAAAAAAAAGCCAAAAGAUUUUAUUCUAUCUUCUCACUGACACUUUUCAUUACAAUAAAAAGUUUGUACUUUUUUUUUUUUUU